CCCGACAGCAAUCCCGACUAACUUCCAGGGCAGCAGCAGCAGCGGUGGUGAAGUUUGAAGAGGAAAAUUCAGACUUCGUAAACAGCCGAGAAGCUCUUAAAACAGAAAACUGACGCGGGCCACAAGCAGACAGCGGCUAUGGACGAUUUGGACGCGUUGCUGGCGGACCUGGAAUCUACUACGUCCCACAUCUCAAAGCGACCUGUGUUCUUGCCUGACGAGACCCCCUACUCCAUCCCCACUGGAGGACACUCGUACCAAGAUGUUUCGGUUCCACCUCCAGUGCCUCCUCCACCCUCAGCCGAGGCUCUGAACGGCUCCCUGAUAGAUCAGCCAGACUCCCACCACUCCUCACAGCAGUCAUUAGGUUCAGCCCAGAAGAGCUCAUGGUCCAGGGACAGUAGCAGUUCUCCAUUGUCUCACAUUGAAGAGGACCACGUCUACAGUUUUCCAAACAAACAGAAGACAUCCGACUCAUCAACAGCAGCCAUGACUUCUGCCCUGGGCAGUAACCUCUCAGAGCUCGACAGGCUUUUGCUGGAACUUAACGCAGUACAGCAGAGCUCCCCUUCAUUCCCCACCACAGAGGAGGCCGCUCCGCCCUUACCAUCCUGCAGCAUCACCCACUAUGAGAACGGCAGCGCCCCUGACAUCCUAGUGAGCCCUCCUCCUCAGGAGAAACCCAAGAGGAAUGGAACAAGGUUGGAGGAGGCUCGACCCUCUGUGGAGAGUCUGCUGGACGAGUUGGAGGGCUCCGUGCCAUCACCCAGCCCGCCCACCCGCCACAGUGAUUUGGACACAUCAUCUCAACAGCAAGCCAGAAUCUCAGCUUCCUGUGCAACAAGAGAACUUGACGAGCUGAUGGCCUCUUUGUCUGACUUCAAGCCCAGUUCUUUGGGCUCUCUGCUAGAGCCAGCAGGAGCACCCUUCAGCUCUCACCAUCCUCCAGUCUCUUCCUCCGUUACCCCAGUGGCUUCUCCUUCCCUUAGUCUGUCCCACCUGUCUGCCUGUGCCUCUCCUCACUUCUCUUUACCUGGUUUAGAGCUGCACAUAGACGAGGAUGGAGGAGAUGGUGGCAUGUUGAUGCCCCAUCCGAGCCGUCUGCCUCCCCACAGUCCUACCUCCUCACUUUCUGCAGUCAGUGACCCAGAACUAGACUCUGUCAUAGACGUCUCUGCAGCCAUGCUGUCAUCCCAAACCAAGGCUCUGCUAGUCCUCUCUCAGUCUGCUUCCUCUAACUCCAACCUGAUGAGAAAUAGCUCAAGUCCUUCCAGUACCACCACCCCCUCACUUACCUCAGUAAACACUGUCCUAGACAACAAGUUCUCAAAGUCCCCGAGUCCAUCUGUGGAACGGGUCUCACCAUCAGCUGCUUUUGGUAAACUGUCUUGUCCUCCUGAGACUCUGAGCAAAGGGUCUGCUUGUUUUCAUGACAUUGAUUUUAAUUUCUCCACUUCACCUUCUCCGAAAAACCUCACCCCUCCCCUCUCAGCUCCCUCACCCCGCUCUGUCCCUGUCUCUACAUCUCCAUCUUCUGCACAAAUCUCCUCAAAAACAUCCUCACCAUCUACAGCCUCUCCGAUGAUGGUUCCCUCCCCACUGGCCUUCACGAGCACCAGCAGACAACAGUUGGAGGCAGUGCCCGCUGUCCAGAGAGCCAGCCCCCUCUCUGUAUGGCAAACCCCUGCGGUGGAGCCUUCCCUGGACGAGGCACUAGACAAGCUGCUUGCAAUGAGUUUUGCGCAAAAUCAUCCAGCGGCACAGGUGGAGGAACCACAGAUGAAGAUGGAGGCACAGUGUCUGGGCAGUGGAAUGCAGGAUGUGCAUGAGGAGCUCAUCCUGCCCAUGGACAGAAGCAUCAUGCAGCCCGACACUUUCACCAGCGCCACCAACACCAUCACAGACGACUCUGUGGACGGAGGCACUGAUGGGAACGGAGAUCUGGACUGGGCUGAUGAGGAGCUGUCCAUGUCUCUGCAUGAUGGACUGGAUGGCACCAUGACGCCCUACACCGAGAGGCUGUACACAGAUGGCAGCAUGACCCCGCUGACAGAGGCCAGCUGGAUGGAUGAGUCCAUGACCCCGUCCUCAUGCCCCGGGACCCCUGACGUUGCCCUGGACCUGCCCCUGCUUCAGUCUCCCAAUAUAGACCGAGUCUCUGCAUCUGGACAUAUCAAAUCAGUGAUCAGGCGAACGAAGGAGACUCCCAAUGUGCACCCCAUGUACCGAGACGGUCAUCUCCGCAGGAAGAUGGGACCCGUCAUCGUAAACAAGAACACGUCUCAGGACCGUCUGAUAGAGGAGCUGCAGGGUAAGCUCGGGAUCGGCCGCUCAGAGAGGCGCCGCAAACAGUCCGACGACUGGCUCACCGAGGGUGUCGUCAUCACAUCCAAACCACAGCGUUUCCGUCCCGAAGGGGCCGGCAAUGAGGUCGACAAGAUCAUAAUUCCCCCAGAGUCUCCUGUCCCUGUGAGGAAGGUGCUCCCACCUCCUUCUCCCCCCGCCCCUCGUCGCCCCCCUGUGGUAGAAGAACCUAAGCGACUCCUCCCUGUACAACAGCCCCCGGUCCCAAUACCCCCACCUCCUCCCCCUCCACAGCCCGUCCACGUUCAGGAACCAGUUCCCGCUGCACCUCCGCAGAUUAUCAAACCCUCAGCUCCACCUGCCCCAAUUCAGGAACCUUCUGCCCCCAAACCUGAGCCCCCUCCUCCUGUCCCUAAAACCCCCACCCAGCCACCACCAGUGGAGCCAGUUCCACCAGUUGCCCCCAAAGUUCUGGUGUCUGUAGGCUGCCAAACAGAGUAUGACCCAGUCUUCCCUCCAAUGCAGAUCAUGGCUCAAGGGAAAGGUGGCGUUCCUGGUGGUCCUCCGACGCAGGUCAACAAGCUGGACAACAUGCUUGGCAGCCUGCAGUCCGACCUCAACAAACUGGGAGUGCAGACGGUCGCUAAAGGAGUUUGUGGUGCCUGCUGUAAGCCUAUUGUGGGACAGGUGGUGACCGCCAUGGGCCGCACGUGGCACCCUGAACACUUUGUGUGCACACACUGUCAGGAGGAGAUCGGCUCCAGGAACUUCUUUGAGCGUGAAGGGCAGCCGUACUGUGAGAAAGAUUACCACAAUCUGUUCUCUCCACGAUGCUACUACUGCAACGGGCCCAUACUGGAUAAAGUUGUGACGGCACUGGAUAGGACAUGGCAUCCUGAACACUUCUUCUGCGCUCAGUGUGGAUCUUUCUUUGGCCCAGAGGGUUUUCAUGAAAAGGAUGGAAAAGCCUACUGCAGGAAGGAUUAUUUCGAUAUGUUUGCACCGAAAUGUGGUGGCUGUGCCAGAGCCAUUCUGGAAAACUACAUCUCAGCGCUGAACUGUCUCUGGCAUCCUGAGUGUUUCGUUUGCAGGGAGUGCUUCACCCCGUUUGUGAAUGGCAGUUUCUUUGAGCAUGACGGCCAGCCCUACUGUGAAGUUCACUACCACGAGCGCCGCGGCUCCCUCUGCUCCGGCUGCCAGAAGCCCAUCACAGGACGCUGCAUCACGGCCAUGUCCAAGAAGUUCCACCCGGAGCACUUUGUCUGCGCCUUCUGCCUGAAGCAGCUCAACAAAGGCACCUUUAAAGAACAAAACGACAAACCCUACUGCCACGGCUGCUUCAUCAAGCUGUUCAGUUAGGGACAACGUUCAACAGCACCGUGUUUCUGGGUCAGAUACGCGUCUGAAGAGUUUUUAGCACAGGUAGUGUCAGAAUGGGUUUGUUUGUAUCAAAGGAAGUUCUUCUGAUCAGGUUGGAAGUGCGUGUGGGUCAGGUAUGUGCAUGUGUUGGAGCAGUCGACCGCCUUCUGUCAGACUAAAUGUUUUUCACGUCGAGAAAAAACAAAUUUCAGACUGCAGCAGUUUCAUUUUGAAGUUUCUCUGGGUUUUGAGUUGGUCAGUAAAUGUGAUGCAGAAAUAUUCAGUAUUUAAAGGACAUCGAAAAUGUUUCAGAACAUGAAAUGAUGCCAUUGGGAUGUUUUUUCUAAAUCAAUAUGGACAGAAUGAUUUUGUUGGCCUCCUUAGAUGUGUUUAAAGAGCAGUCCUUCUUUUAUGUUACAUUCACAUCAUUAUGUUUCAAAUCUUUUUAGUUUUCCUUUUUUUUAGAAGGUAAUGGAUUUUUACUGAUACUGAAAUACACAAAAUACUCUGUGUUGGACAAAGUUACUCACUGGUCGAGUGUCAUUUUAAAAAAAUCAGAAAGCUACAGCAGAGAGCAGGUGACCCGUUGUUGUAGAAUUACAACGUAAAUAGUUUUUACAACUAAAGAGAACAAAGUACUUUUUGGAUUUUCUUGUCCGUUGUACAAAGUUGGACAUCGCUAACCCCUUUGAUAAACCAUAAGUAGGAUCUGUAAAGAACUUACAGAUAUUAUGUUUGUGUGAAAUGGAUCUCCAGUCACUCAAUCAUGUAAAAAUAUUCUAAGCUUUGAUCUUCUUUUAUAAACUCAUCAAGAACUGAAUCAGUCCAUUUUACAGUUUUGAAAAUCAGAAUCUUUUUUUUAUCCGAAGACAAACCAUACAUGAAUCAAUAUUUUAGUGAUUCUCAAGAAGAAAUCCAGCAUGCAGCCGUCCACCAGACGCUGCAAUCUCAUCCUCAGCUACACAUUCUGAUGUUUCCGUUCUGCCAAAUCAUUCCUCGUCUUUUUACUGAAAAAAGAGAAAACAAUCUGAAGGCAAUUUCUUGCGGUGAAGUGGAAUCGCACAAAGACAUUGGGAGUACAUUGUGUGUCUCUUACGCUAGUUUCAUUACUGUUCCUGAAUACAUCCUGGGAUUUUUUUUUUGUGUGUAAAUAUCCAAUGCAGCUACAUUGCUUGGCGUGUACAUGUGUUUAAUAACCACUCGUUCACAGAAGGAAGGCUGCUGGGAAGGUAGCAGAGACGUGUUCUUGCUGUCAUUACUGUAUUGAGAAGCUGUUGAAUGUGUAUCAUUAUGAAAGAAGUACAUAAUGCAAACAGUACACACAAUUUGCCUGUGAUAUUCCAGUAACUAUGCAACUGUGGAUUAACAGCUUUGUUUUCAGCUCCUGCUUGCGUUUCUUAUGUAACAGGCUGUCUGUGCCGUUGUCUCAGUUCCACGUCUAAUAACACUGGCAAAUACAGCAAAAUACUGAGAGCAGGUCCACAGUUUCCAUGAGUCUGUGUGUCCACUGAUAAAUGUAGAGCCUGGUGGUCUGCUAGAAGAAACGCUAGGACUGAGAUGACUCAUUUCCCUCAGCGUCUGAGCAGCAUCUACUGUAAGACCACCAGGUUGGGUCUGUACACGGUUCCUCAUGAGAAGCAGCAGAUACCUUUGGCCUUUUGUCUUGUUCAGGGAAUUCUAGAGCCUUAAUUCUUUUCUCACUCUAUUUAAGAUCUCAUGUAACAAAUCAGUUUCGUAGAGCGUUAUUUAACCAAAGCCAUACCUUCUUUGAUUUGUUCUUGUGUCAGUUCACUACUUUUUUUUUCCCUUUUCACUUUGAAUGUCAAUAGAUAUGAAUAGUGAGAUUCCUCAAUUCUAGUUUGAUUAUGCAAAUAAAUUCUGUUUUGGUAUCAAAA